ACAUCCCUAGCUCACUGACACAUUCACAUUGUUUUACGAUUCGGUGCUGAAAUAAAUAGAAGUAUUUCGAAUAUUUCCUAAAAUAAACGGACCUUUGGGCACUACUUGCUAUAUUCAUACGUGAGCCGGAGCAGCGCAGCUUACUACGCAGCGGGAUCAACGUACAUUUAGCAGAACGAGAGAAACCACGGACUUCGCGGCAUGCCACUGCCCACGAGCUCAUUUUCCCAGCAGGGACCAUCCUGCUUUGAUAAGAUGAAGACGGGCUUCAUCAUCGGAUUCUGUGUGGGAAUGGCCAGUGGAGCCGUCUUCGGGGGAUUCUCGGCACUCAGAUACGGACUACGUGGACGGGAGCUGAUCAACAAUGUGGGCAAGACCAUGGUCCAGGGAGGCGGAACCUUCGGGACCUUCAUGGCCAUCGGCACAGGGAUUCGCUGCUGAUCCUGCUGGCAUUUGACUAGAGUUACUGAACACCAACCUUAAGCCCUACUCCAAUCUUGUUUAAAUUACGUUAAGUUAUUGCAAUAGAGAUGUUAAAGAGACACG